AUGAUUACUUAGGCAAAAAAAUCGAUAGAUCAAGAUUACUAGAUAUUAACAAAGAAAAGCAUUUACAAAAAAAAACAAAAAAAUUAAUACACAAAGGAGGAUAAGUUCUAGGAAAAAUAUACCUAAUAGAAGGAAUAAAAUAUAUUGAAAUUAGUAAACUUUUUAGAAGUAAGAUUGUACAAAUCUUUAAAACUGGAUAACAUUUUUAGAUUGAAAUCAAAUGUACAAAUCCCAAGAAAUGCUGAUAAUCAAUAUCAGAUUGGAUAACUAAAUAAUGAUUUUUAUUGCUAUAAUUAUAAGAUCAAUCGAAUCGAUAAGAAUGGUAGUAUGAUUACAGUGACAUUUGACCCGAUUUAGAGAUGCUUUUCACCUGUUGAAAAUGUUAUUCAAAUUUUAGGUAGAGGAAAUGAACAGUUAAAAGAAUCUUUAGAAAAACUGCAUUAUAAAAAAUUAGAUUCAUCAUAAUAUUUGAUGAUUAAGGAACACGAUUUGUUUAAUUUUGAGAAUACAAUCGAUAAACCAUGUACUGGUUACAUAUCUAAAGUUGUUGGAGAUUAGGUUAUGACUUAAUAUCGAUUUAUGAAUGAAUUAUAUUUAAACCUAAUGGGAAUUAAUUCUGAAAUGUUAAUCCAUCACGCUAUGGAAACAGGGAAUAUACCCAUUCCUUUAUAUUUUUCAGAGGAUAAUUGUGGUGAAUAAUAUUUAAGUAAUUUUUUUACUUUAAAUACUUUCAACCAGUCCAUUAAUUAAUUGCAAGCGUGUAAUUACAAUGGCUAAAAAUUUCCGGCUAAAAUCACAUUUCACAAUUAUUAUUACUACAAUUAAACUGAGUAAUGCUUUUAUGAAUAUUUAUUUUUUAUUUGGGACAUUGAUAAAUAGUGGAUGUCAAAGUAGAGGGUUCAAGAAAACUACUUAGAUUAUUUUAAUUUAAAAAAUGAUCCUGCUUCUUUGACUUAAAUAUAUUAUAAUUCAGAAUAAAGAUGUGGGUAUAGAGACAUUUGA